UGACUCCCCCCACCCCGCCUCCCCUCCCUUCAAGCCCAUUUCCCUCCAGUAUAAAAGGCACAAGCCCCCAGCAGCUGCCUUGCUUCUGCUUGGAGCAGCGGCUACCUGAGGAGCAGCUUGGGUGCAAACAGCCUUCCAACCGCUGCUCCAUCAUGUGGCAUCUGAUCUCAUGGACACCAUGUGCCCAGUGGUCACCAAAGCACUUAAAGCUGGUCACUGUCUACAUGCUGGUGCUCUUGGUAUUGCUCAGCUUUGCUUCAGGACAGAGCAGGCCAUUUAAACAUCAGAUAGACAACAGAAGUCCCGAGAUCGAUCCUUUUUGGUAUGUGGGCCGUGGUGUUCGCCCCAUCGGUCGGUUUGGGAAGAGGCAGCUGAGAAGCAGCCACAGCAGCCCAGGGCCUGUGAGCAGGCACCUAGAUUUCAUCUUGAAUGCUUUGUGGGAACAAAAGGUGUCGGACACAGAAGACAACGACUGGUGAUCUCUGUUCCCUGCAGUUGUGACCCAACCUCUCUUCUUUCAAUUGUGCCCUCCCCUGCACCUCAGACCUCCUGUUCUGCUUUUGCCACGCAAUCUCACGCUGCUCUUCUUUCUACUCCUUGUGCCAGUUCCUUCGAAAAGAAACACAUUCAGGGUGCGGGUACAAGACAAUGCAUGGACACUAGUACUGAGUGCCACCAUAGCUUCUAAAAAUGGUUCUUCAUCUUACAUCCCCACCAGUCUCCUGAUGCUGUUCCUUGUAACAUUAGGUUUAUCCAAAUCCCACACAGAUUUUGUGCUGGGACUUAAACUCUGUGGUGUUAAGUAUAUAAUGAAACCUUCCUGUCACAUUUUGAAGUCAAUGGCUGUUGAUAUGUAAAAAUAAAAAGCAAUGGUUGGAAGAAAG